GUACUCUGUGCUACCCACCCACGCUCCACUCCCCAGAAGACAAGACGUCUCAUCCAGUACCAAAAAAAACAAAGAAACAAAACAAAAAGGCACAAUGAAGUUCAUCCUCCCCGCCCUCCUCUUCCUCGCCGCCGCCGUGUCAUCCCAAGACGUCAACGUGGUGCUCGACUACAGCGACGGUCUGCCUCUCUGCUGCGAAACCCACGACUACCUCUCCGAAGCGACGGAUGAUGUCGUGCACCAGGUGACCAGUGCCUUUGAGGGGGCUGGUGGUGGGGCCUGGGAUCUGGGUGAGGUUGUUGCGGGUGAAUGCAAAACCGCGUUCCCCCCCGCCUGGGGCCCCGAGGAUCGCGAAUCCUGCGAGGACGGGCUGACGGCCGUUUGGUGUAAGAAGCAUGCUGCUUGGACGUUGACGAUCAACGGGACUUCGACUCCUCGUGAUGUUCACGGACAGUGCCACUACUAGAGGUGGUUGUGGGAGAUAUGAUGGACAAUGAGGGUUGGUUGGAUUGGGUGGGAUUAAUUGGAUGAUGGUGUAUG